AAAACAUAUCAUUACAUGCAAACAGAGAAUUCCGAGAUGAAAUCCUCAGCCCUUGCGUUAACAUUGAUAUUGACCAUGGGUCUAGCCCUGGUCCAUGUGAGCCUAGCCCAAAACUCUCCCCAAGACUACGUCAAUGCCCACAACACUGCCCGAUCGAACGUGGGCGUGGGCCCCGUGGCGUGGGACGAUCAGGUGGCCAGCUACGCCGAAAACUACGCCAGCCAGAGGAUCGGCGACUGCCAGCUCAUGCACUCAGGUGGGCCAUACGGCGAGAAUAUCUAUUGGUCAUCUGGGUCCGAGGCCACUGGCACCGAUGCAGUGAACGCAUGGGUCGGCGAGCAGCAAUACUACGACCAUGGCUCGAACAGCUGUGCGGGUGGUCAGCAGUGCGGGCACUAUACUCAGAUCGUGUGGCGUGAUUCGGUUCGGCUCGGGUGCGCUCGUGUCACGUGCAACAGUGGUGGGACGUUCAUCACAUGCAACUAUAGCCCACCUGGCAACUAUGAGGGGCAACGCCCUUACUAGAGAAUGAAUGGUCAUGAUCACAUACAAUCUCCAUGCAGUACUUAUCAUGUUGCACCAUUUUUUCAUGCAUAUGUGUCAUACGUGCAAGACAUCCAAGCCGUGCAAAUCAUGUUGAUCAGGUUAUCCCACCUGACGAGAUUCUUGUGUUGGGAUUUUGAAUGACAUGGAUGUCUUACACGUGGCACAUUGAUGGAAAAUGUGGCAGUAUGGUAAGCUUACUACAUAGGGGUUUGUAUGUGGACAUUCCUAUGAAUUAUAUAUGUAGUUGUCUUUGAGUAUUUAUCAUAAGUAGUUGCUAUUUAAUGGUU